AUGAUCAAUUUAGGGGAGCAAGACUCGAAGAAAUCAUUAUCGCUUGUGCUCAGCGAAGAUUUGGAAGGUCAACGAACAGCGAAUGAUGAUUCGGAAAGUCCAUUAAUGAGGAAAAAAGAAACGGGUAGUGGUCGAUUAAUUAGACGUCAAUUAUUGUUUCACGUACGACGGGUUACCAGCGAUUAUGCUUUGUUUUUUGCAGCGAUUGGAAUUGGUUUAAUGAUCAUCGACAGUGAAAUGAGUGCUGCUAAAAUUUAUCAAAAAGGAUCAUAUAUGAGUUUAAUUUUGAAAAUGUUAAUAUUGUUAAGUACAAUUGUUUUAGUGGCACUUGUUAUUAAAUUUCAUGUUCAUGAAGUACAGUUAUUUAUGAAUGCAAAUAGUGCCGAAGAUUGGCGAAUAGCCAUUACGUGGCAACGUGGUUUACAAAUUAUGCUUGAAGUAAUGAUAUGCGCAUUUUGUCCACUUCCAAUUGAUAUCAAUUUUUACUGGACAGCAUCUGAUGGAGAUAGGAUGAAAACAAUAGAAUUACCACUUGAUGUUUUCUUAUCAAUUCCAAUGUUUUUUCGAUUAUAUUGGUUAUGUCGUGUCAUGCUAUUACAUAGCCGGCAUCAUGCUGCUGAUUCAGUUAAUAUUCAUGCACAGAAGCAUCAAGAUUAUCUUAAUUCCUUAUGGCUAAUUGCAAUAACUUUUCUUUCUGUUGGUUACGGUGAUAUUGUGCCAAAUACAUAUUGUGGACGUGCGAUGGCUGUUAUUACUGGUAUUUUAGGUACAUGUACAUCAUCAAUGGUAGUGGCAGUAAUAGCACGAAAGCUUGAAUUAACUCGUGCUGAAAAACAUGUACAUAAUUUCAUGAUGGAUACACAACUUACCAAACAAUUGAAACAUACAGCAGCAAACGUAUUACGUGAAACGUGGCUAAUUUAUAAACAUCGAUGUUUGGUUGAUAGAAUUGAACCAGCAAAAAUUCGCAUGCAUCAGCGGAAAUUUUUAGUCGCAAUCUAUGCAUUACGAAAGGUUAAACGAGAUCAGAGAAAGUUAACAGAAAAUUUGGUUUCUUUAGGCGAUGUCGCAAAGAGAGCUUUGUGGCUAUGUGACACAAUGGAAUCAGUUGGUGAAGGUUUCUUGGUUAUUGGAUUUAAACUUCGGUUAAUUUGUGUUACAGAAUUGGGUUUCUUGAAGAGGAGAGUUGAUCNUUCUGUUUGA